AUGGCUCAACCAUCAACUCCAGUAUCGCCGCCGUUGAAGGAUGAGCUAGACAUUGUGAUACCUACAAUAAGGAAUCUUGAUUUCUUGGAGAUGUGGAGGCCAUUUUUCCAGCCUUACCACUUGAUCAUAGUCCAGGAUGGAGAUCCCUCCAAGACCAUUCAAGUCCCCGAUGGCUUCGAUUACGAGCUCUACAACCGCAACGACAUCAAUCGGAUCUUGGGUCCCAAGGCCAGUUGCAUCUCUUUCAAGGACUCUGCUUGCCGUUGCUUUGGCUUCUUGGUGUCUAAGAAGAAGUACAUCUUCACCAUAGAUGACGACUGCUUUGUGGCCAAAGAUCCAAGUGGGAAGGAGAUCAAUGCGUUAGCACAGCACAUAAACAACCUCCUCACUCCAUCCACACCCUUCUUCUUCAACACCCUCUAUGAUCCCUUCAGGGACGGUGCUGACUUCGUCCGGGGCUACCCUUUUAGCCUGAGGGAAGGAGUGCCCACUGCCAUCUCUCAUGGCCUCUGGCUCAACAUUCCAGACUACGACGCCCCUACUCAGCUCGUCAAGCCUCGCGAGCGCAACUCCAGGUAUGUGGAUGCUGUAAUGACGAUACCCAAAGGCACCCUCUUCCCAAUGUGUGGGAUGAACCUUGGAUUCAACAGGGAACUGAUUGGCCCAGCCAUGUAUUUCGGGCUAAUGGGUGAUGGCCAACCUAUUGGCAGAUACGACGAUAUGUGGGCUGGCUGGUGUACCAAGGUGAUCUGUGACCAUCUGAGUCUCGGAGUGAAGACGGGGCUGCCAUACCUUUGGCACAGCAAGGCGAGCAAUCCAUUUGUGAAUCUGAAGAAGGAAUACAAAGGCAUAUACUGGCAAGAGGAGAUCAUACCAUUCUUUCAAUCACUUGCGCUCCCUAAAGAAUGCACUAGCGUGCAGAAAUGCUACAUUGAGCUCUCAAAGCUGGUGAAAGAGAAGCUCGGCCCUGUUGAUCCCUACUUCCAGAAACUUGGGGAUGCCAUGGUCACCUGGAUCGAAGCUUGGGAGGAGCACAACAACCCGCUUGCACAAGCAGCAUCCAAGCCCGAACCUAAUGACAAGAAGGAUAAGCCUUCUGCAAAAUCCAAAUAA